GAUGCGAGCAAAUUCUUCCAAUAGUAACCCCAAAGUCAUCGCAGCAUACUUCAUGAAUGCAGUCACGGGACUUGGGGGGUGUCCAAAAAUAAUCCGAUCAGAUUUGGGAACUGAAAAUGUCCAUGUUAACAGGCUGCAACACUUCUUCCGAAAAGAUGAGACUGGCGUUGUGCAUGGGCCAUGUGUGUUCCAAGGACGCAGUACAGCAAAUCAACGGAUCGAAAGCUGGUGGGGGAUCUACAGGAGACAGAACGCAAGCUAUUGGAGGGACGUCUUCCAGGAGUUCCAGGCAACUGGAGACUUUAAUGGGGAUUUUAUAGACAAGGGUCUCAUCCAAUUCUGCUUUCUUAAGAUUAUCCAAAACGAGUUAGACACCGUUGUGACAAUGUGGGACAACCAUCGCAUUCGAGCAGGUGGAAACGGACACUCUAAUUAUCAUGGAAAACCAUGUCUGAUGUACAAUGUACCUGAGCUCUAUCACGCACAAGAUUAUUUGCAUCCACUACAGUAUGAAAGAGUGGGGAUUGUUCUCCAAGAGGACAUUUGUCUGUGGAAAAUAGACAUUUCCUGCGACCAUGACCUGCAUGAACUCUGUUUGAUGGUGAUGGAAGAGAACAACAUAGCACAGUGUCAUAACGCUACAGAGGCAAUACGACUUUACAAAGACCUGAGGCCUUUAAUAACAGCACUCCUGCCAGAGCCUCAUCACUGAUGUUGUUGUAGUAUACAGACAGAUGCACUGUCCAUGGUUCUAAUAAUGAUGAUGAUGAUGGCAUUUCCAGCAAUGAGGCCUCUCCAAAAGUUUACAUUUCUCAAGUAUCAUUGGCCUUUGCAUCAGUUGAUGCUAUGUUGAAAUGUUUUACUAUUUUACUAUAAGAUAAUGUGAUUUCUGUGUAGAAGGCCACAUUGAUAAUGUUGGGUCUUGGGACCAGCAAGGGCACUUUAGGGUUUUCCAGUCAUGGAAUUCUAGAAAAACUCAUAUAUAGGUUUAAUAAAAAUAUUCUCAGAUUUGGGUCCAAGAGACAAAUUUACUAAAAAUGAGGGUCUG